ACACCACCAUUAUCAUCCACCGCAAACAACGUUAAACCCGCACCGACUUUAGAACCUACGGAUCCUCUUCUCCCUGAUGUACCCAGCUUCGUAUCCUCUGAUAAUCAUAAUAUUCUUGAUGAUUGUGAUAUUCAACCGCCACCCUAUUCCAAAAAAGACGAUAAAAAAGAUGAUUUACCUGAUUUUGAUGAUUUAGUAAAAAGGCUUGAAGCACUCAAAAGGAAAUAA